GGAAAAAGUAAAAAGAAACAAACAAAAAAGGGAACUUGUUCAAUGUUUAUGAACAGAGGCGCAUUGCCGCACAAGAAAAGAAAGUGAUUUUUCUUUUCGAAUUCCAUCGCCCAGCUUCAUCAGAUCUCUUCCCCUUCCAUAUUAACCCUCCAAAAUCGUAGACACACACACAGAAGUACUGAAACUUGUAGUCAGAGAAAUUGGGCUGGAUCAGAAAAAGCAGAGAAAAAGAAACAUGGGUUGCAGAAACAGAGAGUUCACAGACGACGAGACUGUCUCUUCUUCUUCAUUAAGUGAGGCCUUGCUUUUUGCCACCAUGUGCAUCAUUGGUCUCCCAGUCGAUGUUCACGUCAAGGACGGCUCUGUCUAUUCUGGAAUAUUCUACACCGCCUCUGUGGAGAACGAAUACGGUAUUGUUCUGAAGAAAGCAAUUCUCUCAGGUGACCUUGUUCAAGUUGUUGCGAAGGGAGUUUUGCUUCCAGCGGCUGAUGUUGCUGGAAAUAUGGCUGGUGACGAAACUGAAGCUGUUGCGGGUACUAUUCCUUCUGAUGUUUGUAUAAAGAAUGAUGCAAAGAAGCCAAUUGAGUCUGCCAUAAAUAAGAAGAAAUUGAACGGUGUCAGGGGCCCAAUGCAAAAUGGAAAUGGACUUGCUCAUGGCGUCACCUCCACAGGUCCUGGAAAGGAACAUGAAGGGAGGAAUUUGCCACCGAAACAUGGUGGGAAUACCAUGGAAGUUGAACAUGGGAAAGGUGAAGGGAUGAACUUAUCAGAGUGCAAAAUGCUUCUGCAGGCUGAUAAAGUUAAUGAUAAAAAGAUGACAUCAAAGCGAUUGCCUUCCGGAGUAUCUUGUGAUCCUGUUACUGUAAUUAUUAAUUCAGACAAUCAAUGCUGUGAAAGGACAACUUCAGCAGACAUUUCUUCUGAUGUUGUUUCUUCAGGUGUCUCAACUUUAUUUAAUCCAGCUGCAGAUGCUUCUUGUCGACGUUUGGUGGCAACAUCAACUGAAAUGGUCCCUCCUCAGGGUCCAGAAUUUAAUAGAAGUGCCAAGGAAUUUAAGCUCAACCCAGGAGCAAAAACAUUCUCUCCAUCUUUUACAAAGCCCAUAACAUCAACCCCUCCUUCGGUGCCAACAGUGGUGAGCAUGGGUUAUAUACCAAACAACUCCCCCGUGGUAGCUGUUCCUGCUGCUCAGCCAGAAGUCGGAUCAAAUCCUUUCCCAUCUCGUUCAUCUGUGCCUGUUAAGGUGGUCCCGUACAAUAAUUUCACCAAUGGACAUGGUGGCAGUGGUUCUCAAUUUUCACAACCUAUUGUUGGACACAUGGGAAGCAGGGUGCAGACGCUUAGGUAUCCUGUUCAGGCUGGACCUACCUAUGUGCAUCCAAAUUCUCAAGCUGUUAUGGUUGGACGGUUUGGGCAGGUUGUAUACAUGCAUCCAGUUUCUCAAGAUUUGGUUCAGGGUGCAACGGCUAUGUCACCACUGCCUGCUCGUCCUGUGUUGACCCCACAUCAGGUCCAGUUUCCGAAGCACCAAGGACCUGCAGCAGCCCAAGCCUUUCAGCUGUGUGUGCCUCCGCCGUUCAUGGCUACUGGUCAGCAGCCUUUCCCCAUUGCCAAGACACAUCCCCUUUUUGCAACUUCCCUUCCCUUCUAAUUGUCUCAUUUAAGUCCCAGGAUCUAAUGAUCUUGUUGAUCCUAAGUUUGGGUGAAUAUCGGUUUCUUUCACUAGUCACCUCAGCUAGGGGUUCUUCUCCCCAUCCUUAUAUAUUAUAAUUCUAGAAAAUUUUGGCCUUAAAUUCUUUUACUGGACAAGAGUCCAGUCAACCUGUAUUCACUCGCUGUGUUUUUUCUAUACAUAAAAGUCGGACAACUUUUGCACAAGGGUUUCUGUCAAACCUGGUUAAAGGGCGUGUAGCCUUCAUUGUUUUUUGAAAUAUGUAGGGAUCUUGUCUUCUACAAAAAGGGAGUGGGUUUCAUGCUUUUCCUUGAAUAAUUUUGUCAAUAGAGUAACAUGUGAAGUAUUUGAACAAGAGAUGCAUUGAUUCGAUUGACUGUUUUUUCGAUACAUGAUUCGUUUGAUUUUAAAAUGUUAUAUUCCC